UCUUGCCAUAUAAAUAUGACUCUUUUGCUCUGUCUUUGUUUCAAAAAAAAAACAUUGAUCAAGUCUCUUAUACCCAGAAAUCUCGUACAAUUGGGAAAGGAGAUGGAUGAAGCACCCCAGCUAAACGAAUGGGAAGGUUACGUAGAUUGGCGAAACAGACCAGCCUUGAAAGGCCGUCACAGCGGCAUUCUUGCUGCCUCCUUUGUCUUGGUUGUGGAGGUAUUGGAGAACCUAGCAUACCUGGCCAAUGCAAGCAACCUUGUGCUUUAUAUGUCCAAGUACAUGCAUUUUUCCCCCUCGAGUUCUGCCAACAUUGUUACCAAUUUCAUGGGGACGGCCUUCCUCCUCGCUCUCGUUGGUGGCUUCUUAUCUGAUGCUUACUUCACCACCUAUUGCAUCUAUUUGAUAAGUGCUACAAUAGAAUUUAUGGGUCUGUUAAUACUCACAGUGCAAGCUCGUGUAUCAGCACUGAAACCACCAAUCUGCACGUCACCCGACAGAAACACUUCAUGCCGAGAAGUUGAUGGAGGGAAAGCAGCUGUAUUGUUUACAGGCCUCUAUCUGGUGGCACUAGGUGUUGGUGGGAUAAAAGGCUCCCUUCCUCCACAUGGGGCAGAGCAGUUUGAUGAGAACACGCCGAAGGGAAGAAAACAGCGGUCAACAUUCUUCAAUUACUAUGUGUUCUGCCUCUCCUGUGGGGCACUAAUUGCUGUAACUUUUGUGGUGUGGAUAGAAGACAACAAAGGCUGGCAGUGGGGUUUUGGUAUCUCUACUGCUUCAAUAUUGAUCUCCAUCCCAAUUUUUCUUCUUGGUUCUGCUACUUCUAGGGCAAAAAUUCCCACAGGAAGUCCCUUUACAACCAUAUUCAAGGUUUUGGCUGCAGCAACUUACAACACUUGUGUUUCUCGGAAUUCCAGCAAUGCCGCUACGAGCAUGAACAUAGGCCCAUCGAAUAAAACUGAAACCACUGAGGAAGAACGUCAGGCUAAAGAAACGGCACAGUUUCAAACUGCAACAGAAAAUCUGAAGUUUCUUGAUAGAGCAGUUAUCAAAAAUCCUGCCCACCCUGCAUUGGAAUGCACUGUGAAACAAGUCGAAGAAGUGAAGAUAGUACUUAAGAUCCUUCCUGUCUUCAUAUCUACCAUUAUGCUCAACUGCUGCCUUGCACAGCUCUCCACCUUUUCUGUCCAUCAAGCAGCCACCAUGAACACCAAGAUUGGCUCCUUAACAGUUCCACCAGCCACUCUGCCUGUAUUUCCUGUCCUCUUCAUCAUGAUCCUUGCACCAGUCUACAACCAUAUUGUCAUCCCAUUUGCCAGAAAGGUAACCAAAACCGAAAUGGGUAUUACUCAUUUACAAAGAAUUGGGACUGGGCUAGUUCUUUCCAUUGUGGCAAUGGCUGUUGCAGCUCUUGUGGAGGUGAAGCGAAAGAGGGUGGCAGCCCAAUCCGGUCUCUUGACUUCUACCAAUACUCUGCCCAUCACAUUCCUUUGGGUGGCCCUGCAAUACUUGUUCCUUGGUUCAGCUGACCUUUUUAGCUUGGCUGGCAUGAUGGAGUUUUUCUUCACAGAAGCCCCAAUUAGCAUGAGAUCUUUGGCCACAGCUCUAUCAUGGGCUUCGUUGGCAAUGGGGUACUACCUCAGCUCAGUGCUCGUAUCAAUAGUCAACAGAGUCACUAAAACCUUUAGUCACACACCAUGGCUCUUUGGUAGCAACAUAAAUCAUUAUCACCUUGAGAGGUUUUACUGGUUGAUGUGCAUAUUAAGCGGUUUGAAUUUUUUGCAUUAUCUCCUCUGGGCCAACCGCUACAAGUACAGACCAACAUGGCCUGAAGAUCAGAAGGAAAUACAGACAGUGAAUAAGUCCUCAGAUGUCUAAGAAUCAGUACCAUCGAUUUACUUGAGGGCUGAGACCUUCCUAUCCGCCAAUUAUGGAGAGAGAGUCCUGGUUGUCAGUCAUCUACUUAAAUCUUGCAUACUAUGUUUCUCUUAUUAAUAUGUUGGCCAUUUUCUUCCUCAAUCCUUCUUGUUCUAAUAUGAUUAUGGAUUAUUUAUAUGAAAUUAGGAAAUGUAAUACUACUACGAAUGUUUAUAAUCU